AUUUUUCGUAAAUUCUAACCAGUUUGAAAGUGACCACAGAAACAUCAGGCAGAAACAAGAGCUGUACAACAAUGACGGCUUAUAAGAGUUUGGUUGUAUUAAGUAUAUGUUUGGUGUGGGGGAGCUCAGGUUUGCUGUUUGGUGCAAAAAGAGAUGAUGAGGAUUCCAUGGUCAGCGUGGUCACUAUUCCAGUGACAAAACCAACUUCAAGCCAAACUUCUAACAAACAUUGGUGUCGCGAUAGAACAUGUGCUAGAAGGGAUUACUGCACCAGUGUUGUUCACCCAUCCGCUUCCUGCUGCCCAUCAUGUGGUUGCACAAAUCAAUUCGGUAUAAGAGUAAACAUCGGUGCCAUGUUUAGAAUUGAAACAAAAGAUGGGAUUUGCCGUCAGUGUCAAUGCGUUCGAACAUGGGUUGGAACAUUCUCUGUUUGUAGAAAGAUUCCAGCUUGUCGUGAUGUAUCGACCUGUAUAAAGAAAUAUAAACCCCCUGGUCAAUGCUGCUUCGUAUGCCAAGAUAAAGACGACCGAAAAUUUCGACUGCCGUUUCCAGAUAUAGUAGAUAAAAAAUAGAUGGUAACAAAAUGCUGUGUAAAAUGUAAACAAAGAUGUAUUUAUACAUAAAAAAUUGUUAAAAAAAAUUAUUUUGUGUUUUUUUGUG